ACAGGCGAAAAUAAUAUUUUGCAGAGACGAAAUGUCAUAUCCAUCUCAAACCUGAUCAUGCAUGUAACCUCUCGUCCUCGUGAACCAGUCUCCUUUCAGAAUUCUGAAUCUAAUUGUGAUUAGAUCUAGGUUGUUGCAUUUCAAGAAAGGAAGGGUGUGAUUUCUAGUUCUGAAUUUUGCCUUCUUCCCCUUUGUGAGAAUUGGUUUUCGAUCCGAUGACGACGGACAGCUCCGAUUCCAGGAGGCUCUUCCCUGGCCGUCAGAAUUCCCAUCAGAUGGACAAGAUCAAUGGAAUGGGUCCAGAGUCUACCAAUCAACCCCCUUCAUUGGCUAGUAGACCCGGUGAGUCCGAGGAGGAGGCUCUUGUUACACCAGAAGGACUGUCCCCCAGAACUGGUGCUUUCCAAAUAUAUGCAAGCUAUGUGAAUUGGGAGAUAUUAGGCAGCAUGAUGAAGAUUGUGUUUCUCAAGUCCAAGCUCAAUGUGUUCAUACCAUGUGGCUUUUUGGCAAUCCUAUUCAAUUAUGUGACCCAAAGACAUGGCUGGGUAUUUCUUCUGAGCAUGUUGGGUAUUAUUCCUUUGGCUGAGAGAUUGGGUUUCGCUACCGAGCAGCUGGCACUCUUCACUGGUCCAACAGCCGGGGGACUACUGAAUGCUGCGUUUGGCAAUGCAACAAAGUUGAUCAUAUCAAUCCAUGCAUUAAGGAGUGGAAAGCUAAGAGUUGUGCAGCAAUGUCUGCUAGGAUCAAUCCUGUCAAACUUGCUUCUUGUUCUUGGCUCUGCAUUCUUCAGUGGGGGGCUCUCUUGUGGCAAAAUCAUGCAGACCUUUAGCAAGGCAGAUGCAGUAGUGAACUCUGGAUUGCUUUUGAUGGCAGUGAUGGGGUUGCUCAUUCCUGCUGCUCUGCAUUACACUCAUUCAGAGGUUCAAUUUGGCAAGUCGGAACUAGCACUGUCAAGGUUCAGCAGCUGCAUUAUGCUCGUUGCUUAUGCCUCCUACCUUCACUUCCAGUUGUCGAACAACCGACAUCGCAAUGAAGCUAUUGUGAGAGAAAUUCAGAAUGAUGGGGACGACAAUGAUGACGCAGUUCGUGUGAUCUCCAAAUGGCAAGCCAUUGCCUGGCUUGCAAUUUUCACCGCUUGGAUAUCAAUGCUCUCUUACUACUUGGUCGAUGCAAUAGAUGGGGCUUCCAAAGCGUGGGAUAUACCAGUUGCAUUCAUCAGUGUUGUUUUGCUCCCAAUUGUGGGGAAUUCUGCAGGACAUGUUAAUGCUGUCAUUUUUGCAAUGAAAGACAGAUUGGACAUUUCUCUGGGAAUAGCAAUUGGAUCGUCAAUACAGAUAUCCAUGUUUGGGAUACCAUUUUGUGUAGUGCUGGGAUGGAUGAUGGGCAAGCAAAUGGACUUAAACUUCCAUCUCUUUGAGACUGCAAGCCUCUUGACAACUGUACUGGUUGUCGCAUUUUUGUUGCAGGAUGGGACUUCAAACUGUGUAAAAGGGUUCAUGCUAUUUCUUUGCUAUCUGAUAGUAUCUGCCAGUUUUUACGUACAUGCUGAUCCACACACCAAGGCAGGUGAUAAGCCUCCUCAAAACUAGGAAUAAUCUGGAACAACAUCGAGAUGUUACAAGAUCUCUACUGUGUUACCUCAUUUGUAGUCAGAAAAGGAACUAAUUGCGCUUAUUUUUACUGAAUUUUCAGUGCUUCAAUCCUCACAUUUAGAGGUUUUUCAAGCACAUAUGGUGUUGUAGAUAAGCAGAAACUGAGCAGAGGCUUAACAUCAGUUGUGUAGGCAGCAGUUCCCUUGCUAUGUUACUGGCAGAGAUUAGCACAAGCAAUAAAACAUUCUUAAAUUUGGCAUGAAGUACUGUUAUUAUGGUAAUCGGAUUUACAGAGUGAAAGAAAGUAUACAGGAAA